GGUUUGUAUUUGUUCAAACAAAGUUCACUUGGUGUCUGAAUUCAGAAGCCAGCAGUUAGUUUAUUCAAUAGAGACCGACAACUGCUCUGGAAUAAUGAAGUUAACAAAAUUUCUAAUUUUCUAUUGCCCGAUUGUCCUGAUGAUGCUAGUUAAUGGCUCAUCGGGCAAUUUGGAUCACAAUGGGCCGAAUGCAGUAGAAGACCUUGAGUACGUAGAUGUGGAUUUUAAGAAUAACACCCAAAUCAGCGUGGGCAUUCAAUGCUUGAGGAAAAUUUUUGAAAUUAUGAGUUUUAGAAUCAGCGAAACUACAAGCGACAACUUCCCCGGCAAGAGUGAUACUCCUUGCGGUGACUUUUACAGGGACAUGAUGAUUCAUCUUUUUGGCAUACUUAUAAUAGUCUGCAUAGUUCUCCUUUUCGUUCAGGAGACGAUGGAUUUACUACAUAUCGGCUUUUUCUUCUUUAGAGACAUAGUGCCAAGGAUUUUAUUGCUUUAAACUAAAUAAAAGCAAUCGAACAGA